CCGCCCUGUCUCUGCUGUUCCCUUCCAGGCAGUGCCUGGCUGCAGUUUCCUAGGGGCCCAAAGGGGGCGGCAAAGUCCAUAUUAACCCUUUACGCCCUGCAUGCCGUGUCGUUCGUGCUAUGGGCCGUGCUCCUCGCCGUGGCGAUUGCGAAGUACGCAGAGAUGUCCAAGGAGCUGGAGCAGAUGCGGACUGAUCAAUCCGUGCUCAGAGCCAAUGGCUCCGAGAUGUCGAAGCAACUGGGGACGCUUCAUUUCAAUCAAUCCACCAUGCGCAACACUGGGGAGGAGCUGGCCAAGGAGCUGGAGAGGCUGCAGUUGGACCAGGCCACGCUGAGAGCGGAAGUGUUCAGGGAUCUAGCCAAAGCAAAACAAGACAGAGAUGACAUCAGGGCCGAGACCUACAAGAUCCUGGAUGCCGCACAGAAAGGGAAUGGCACUUCCCGGUGCCAGCCUGGCUGGGAGCAGUACCGAGGGAGGUGCUACCUUUUCUCCUCGUCUGCCCAGCGCUGGCAGGCGGCCAGAAAAUCCUGUUUGAGCCAGACUGCCGACCUGGUGGUGAUCAACGAUCAAACAGAGCAGAAUUACUUGGCCAUUAAAGCUGAUUCUGUUCGUCACUGGAUCGGCUUCACAGACCAAGGGACUGAAGGCGUCUGGCACUGGGUGGACAACACUCCUGCAGCAUUUACGUUUUGGGCCACAGGGGAGCCCAAUAACAUGUACAGUUUUCACGUCAGAGAGGAGGACUGCGCCCACCUGCACGAGAACGGCCGGUGGAACGACGAGCCCUGCAACUUGCACUACAGGUGGAUCUGCGAAAAAGCUGCUUCUGUGUAAAUGGCCGGAGUCCCGCCCUUGCUCUGAGCACCGGCUGAAAUGUACCCGGCCCACGAGGACUGUGAACCAUUCCAGCCCCACACCAGUCCAUUAGGGUUACCAGCUUUCUAACAGCACAAACUGAACACCCUUGCACUGCCCCAGCCCUGAGGUCCCACUCACACAACCCCCACCUCCAUUGCUUGCUCUCCCCCAUCUUCACUCACUUUCACCAGGCUGGGGCAGGGGGUUGGGGUG